AUGAGGGAGGAGUUUUGUAAGGGAUCAUCAUGGAGGCAUCGUUGCCCUUUGGCAUUGUCCAUUAUGUUCGAAACGGAGGAGGAAGUUCUGGCAUUAGCAAACCACUGCAGAACUGGCUUAGCUGGUUAUAUAUUCACAACGGAUUAUGCUCAGAUAUUGCGUGUUAGUCGUAGCUUGCAGGUUGGGAUUAUUGGUGUCAAUGAAGGAAUGGUAUCAUGCGCAGAAGCAGCUUUCGGUGGAAUUAAGGAAAGCGGUUUGGGUCGUGAAGGCGGCUCACAAGGUAUUGAUGAAUUUUCGCAGUGGAAAUAUGUAUGCGUUGGAUUCUGA